AAGUGGCUCGGGACUGGUCAUUAUAGCAGUCUAUGGGGGAGGCCUAUGUUCCGCAGAGGACGAAUAAUGGCUGAGAUGAUGAUGAUGACACUUAAAUAUUAUCGUUUACUUUUACAACUUAUCUAAUACUUAUACUGAACUAACUAACAUGAACAUGCAGCUAUUCUUAGCUAAUUAAUUCUGAGAGCAUCACCGUUUGUUUGAAGAAAAGAGUAUUUAAAAUAAUAAGUACAUAAAAUAAAAAUUAAUUAUUCUCAUGUUAUUUCUGUACGUUGUAUUGGAUGUAUGCAUAUAGGAGUACAUAUUCGUGUUGAGUUUUGCUACUGCCUUUUUAGAUACCAUUUAUUAAAGUUUAUAAUGAAAUUUUAAUAUAUUUAUUUUCUUAGAGUAUCGUAGUAAUUUUUCAAUUCUUUGUAGUUAGUGAGUGAACCUAUUUUACGGCCAAUAAAUAAAAAAGUAAUAACCGUCAUUUUUCUACUUAAAAUUAGUCUAUGGAACAUAGAAAUUAGGAAUACUUCAAAUUUGAUUAUUUUUAAACGUCUAGAUAAAAUUAUGUUUGGUCACCUUUUACUUUAUUUAGGCAGCCAGUCGAGAUUGCUUUUACCGAAAGCAGUACUAGUAAAGCACUCGAAAUCAUGUCCUACGAAGAUGAAGCCCGUAUGUCCUGGAUCUAGUGGGGGUAAAGGCCCUCCCGGCCCUAGGUUAAAACGUGAGUUAACUUCUGGCAAAGUUCGGUUAGGUUUUCUGCCUGACGAAUGGUUCUUGUUUUUUCACUCCAAGACAGGCGUGUCAGGACCUUAUAUUUUUGGAAUUGUUGUCGCUAAUUAUUUGUUAAGCAAGGAGAUUUAUGUUCUGGAACACGAGUAUUACAGCGGAUUAUCUAUCGCGUUAAUGUUGUAUUUGAUAACUACUAAGAUGGGGCCAGGUAUAGGUGCCAGUUUGGAUAAAGAAGUCGAUGCUAAUAUAGCGGCUUGGGAAAAAGGACGUAAAGAAGAGAUUGAUUUUUAUAAAGAUGUAAUAAAAUCAUGCAAGGAUGCCCAAUGGCGGGCAGAAGGACAAAAAGUAUUGAUGGAUGCUAAAAAAGAAAAUAUAAGUAUGCAACUGGAGGCGAUUUAUAGGGAGAGGCUAAUGCAUGUUUAUCGAAUGGUCAAAGGUCGAAUGGAUUAUCAUGUGAAGAGGUACCAAGCAGAAGCUCGCAUACAUCAGAAGUGGAUGGUUGGUUGGAUUUUAGAGAAUGUCAAAAAAUCUAUCACAGCCGAAUUACAACAGCAAGCGUUGAAGAGCGCCAUUCAGGAGUUAUCAGCUAUGGCUAGUCGCGCGAAAUGAAUAUUUUACAAAAAUAACAACCAAACUUUUCUCGGUUAUUGCUUCAGGAAUGUAAAUUUUGAGUAAGGAAAUACUUGUAUCAAAUAAAAGAAAGACUAUUGAAUUAUAAAUAUUAUUUAUAACCUUAAAACCCAUUUAAUAAAAAAUAAAUUAGUUUUAUAACUUUGUGAAAUUGUAUGAAAUUUUUAUGUACAAACUGUUUGAGAAAUGUGCAAAUAUAAAACGCAUAUUUUAUAUUUCAUAUUACUACUACUUUCCGAUUCAAUCUCACAGCAGGUUCAAACUGAAGUAAAUAAUAGUACUACUACCCAAAAUUUUACAGAAAAAGAAGAAACCGCAAGGAACGGUCCUGAGCCACCUGCAUCCACUGACGAUAAUAUAUACACUACGAGAUUAUGAUUGGGAUCUUUAGUGCAAAUUGCAACCUAAUGAAUAUGACUGUACUGGAAAAGGACUUACUUCUUCGAGGUGGUACUUCGAUAUGACUAUUCGAGCAUGUAGAGAUUUUUCCUACAGCGGUUGUUGCGGUAACAACAAUAGGUUCACCACUGCUCAAAU